AUGCAGCCCUCAGAACACCACGAUGAAGAUAGUAACGAGUCUCCAAUAAACAGUGAGGAUCUGACGGAGUCCGCCCCUUCGUCCAUGCUGAUCCCUGUCUCCACUCUUGAGUCCUUCCACAACUUCUUGCGCUCGCCAAAUUGCAAAACCAUACUUGCUCUUGUUGGUGCUGGCUUGUCUGCCUCCUCUGGAUUGUCUACUUUUCGCGGGUCAGGUGGAUUAUGGAAACAAUACAACGCAAUCGAUCUAGCCACCCCCGAUGCGUUUCUUGACGAUCCAGGCCUUGUGUGGCAGUUUUACGCCUAUCGCAGACAUAAGGCGUUGCAGGCGCAGCCGAACCUCGGCCAUUACGUGCUAGCAGAGCUGAGCAAACUUGCAAACAUCAAUUUUCUUACAAUUACACAGAACGUCGACGGCUUGUCUCAGAGAAGCCACCAUGUGCCAGGAAAAUUGCUUGAGUUCCACGGGUCGUUGUUUGGGAUGCGAUGCACAAACUUCAGCUGCUCUUAUGAGGAGCAGAAUAAUUAUAAUGACCCGCUAUGCGAAGCUUUGAGAGUGGACAAUUUCGACCAGACCGAAGCGUUGCCGUUUCUUGACGAGCAGGACCUCCCGCACUGUCCCGCAUGCAAAGUUGGCCUGUUGAGGCCGGCAGUGGUGUGGUUUGGAGAGUCGCUGCCUCUGCAGAUUAUCGACAAGGCAGAUGAAUUUAUAGUGCAAAACAGAGUGGAUUUGAUGCUGGUGAUCGGAACAUCUCGAGCAGUGUGGCCUGCCGCAUCGUAUGUGGACAUUGUCAGAAACCAGGGAGGAAAAAUCGCCAUCUUCAACACCGAGCCGGACGGUGACGAAAAAGACUGCUGGCAGUUUAUAGGAGACAGCGCAGAGACCUUGCCCGUGGCUAUGGAGCCACUGAUCGGCAAGCUCAGCCCAAAUACUUCCAUAUCAAAUACAUCACGUACAAUGUGA